AUGGAAGCGGUCGGUGUUUGCCGCUGCUGCCUUGCCCAGGGCCAAAAUAAAGACUUGCAUUCCACAUACCAUUGGAUGGACAAAAAAGAAAUCUACGCAGAUAUGUUGCUGGAAUGCUUUAAUAUAGUUCUGACACCCUCAAAUAUAAAACCGGCUGGUAUCUGCGAGGAGUGCAUCAAGACUCUCCGCAGCUGUGUCGACUUUAAGCAGCAGGUCCUGCAGGCUGACGAGGAAUUCUCUAAGAAGUUGGUGUCGAUGGAAAUUGGGGAGGAGGAUAAAACAAGAGAUAAAAUAAUAGAAGUUAAAGUGGAACCGAAGGUGGAGAGUGAUGAUGAUGAUGAUUCAGAUGAUUACUAUUUAGCAGAUGCUGUGCGCAAUUCACCACCAAACAAAGUCAAAAGUGAGAGUGUGUCGGUAAAGAAGAAGACAGAGACUAAACGAGCUAAACCCAAAUCUAGUACCUCAAAGAAAACACCAGCGCCAUCUGAGAGCGCGUGGAAGAAUGAGAAGAUUAAGUCUCUAGUGUCUAGACUUGCUACUUCUAUCAAAUCCUGCGAAAUGCCAGACAUAAAACCAAGAAAGAAGUUGGAAAUUAAAACCAAACAGAGACUUGAACUCACUAUACCAAUGGAAACUAAAAUCAAUUUACUUUGGACCGGACAACCGCACCACGAUAAGCAAAAACAUAGACAAAACCUUCAAACUAUACUGAAAUACUCGAACGCUACACCAUUUACAAAUAAAACCCUUUUGGGGUACUCCUGUGGGUACUGUGAGCUCUCAUUCCCAGACCCGGCAGAUCUAAGACUUCAUACAGACACAGUACACUCAAAAGAACGUCUAGACUUCAAAUCCAACUUCGAUAUGAGAGAAUACAACGUCAAAAUCGACGUCACAAACCUUACUUGCACGGUAUGCCACGAAAAAAUGGACAACCUGACUGUAUUCAAGGAUCAUAUAACAAAGGACCACGGAAUAAUCAUACACUCUGACAUCAAAGAUCAUAUAUUACAGUUCAAACUGAAGAAAGGCGAAGUCUAUGAUUGUGUGAUGUGUUCCUCAACAUAUGAGACGUUUAAAAUGUUAAAACAACAUAUGAAUAAGCAUUAUAGUAAUUAUAAUUGCUCGUUAUGUGACGCUACGUUUGCUACGAAGAGAUCUUUGAACGCUCAUCGGACUACUCACCAAGAAGGCAGCUUUAAAUGCGACCACUGUGAUAAAGUAUUCGCUAGCCGUACUAAGAAGCAUUACCAUGAGAAAAUGAAGCAUUUAGGAGCGAGGAAUAUAUCAAAUUGUCCAUAUUGCAACGUAUCCUUCCGCAGUUACUAUCAACGUAAUCAACAUUUAGUGAAAGUGCAUAACAAUGAAGCUCAGUACAAGUGUAACGUGUGUAGUAAAUCGUAUAUUUUAAAGAGUUUGUUAAUGUAUCAUAUUAAAAAGAGUCAUUUGAUGGAACGGAACUGUCAGUGUACGGAGUGCGGGUACCGUUUCUUCAGUAAGAAGGCAUUAAAAGCUCAUAUGGUGAAGCAUACAGGAGAACGGAUAUAUUCUUGUGAAGUAUGUCACAAGUCCUAUGCAAGGAAGUAUACGUUAAGGGAACAUAUGCGGAUACACAACAAUGAUAGAAGGUUCAAGUGCGAGGUAUGUAGCAUGACUUUUGUACAAAAAUGUAGUUUGAAAAGUCAUUUGUUGUCUAAUCAUGGAAUUAGUUUGACUGCUAGCGAGAUUGUGCAGAAGAGUUAG